AUGGUUCUCGCCGUUGAUCUUCUGAACCCUUCCCCGGCCGCCGAGGCCAAGAAGCACAAGCUCAAGACCCUCGUGCCCGCCCCUCGAUCCUUCUUCAUGGACGUCAAGUGCCCCGGAUGCUUCACCAUCACCACCGUCUUCUCUCACGCCCAGACCGUCGUCAUCUGCCAGGGAUGCACCACUGUCCUCUGCCAGCCUACCGGUGGUAAGGCUAGAUUGACCGAGGGCUGCUCUUUCCGACGGAAGUAA